GCCAGUCUGCUGUGUGUGUGUUCAGUGACAUCAACAACACACGCAGAUCCCUGUUCUCUGGAGGGGGGACUGACAUUAACUCGCACACAAUAAAAGCUCCAGGGACAUCGUGCGGCUCUUUUUCAGACAGCAGAGGGGAAGCUGGGAUAUAUUUGCAGCAGGUGUUCCUGAAGGAUCUAUCACAGACUAUAGCAGGGUUCAUGAAACUUUGCUACGAUUUGCGAGCUAGGGCUGCCAUACACAAUGUUAAGGUAAAGCCUAAAGCAGCUGUGUUGAACAUGCUAAAGAGGCUGGACAAAAUAAGAUUCCGCGGUCCAAAGCGAGAUGACUUCCUGGAUCUACCCGAGUCCCCGACGGGGUCGGACACUGAAUGUAGUGAUGACAUGCUACUGAGACCUCGACCUUCAAUACGAGACAAUGAUGAGCAAAGAGACCCUGCUGGUUUGGGGACUUUGUCUGUCAUGCAAGACCUGAGGAGCGAAUCAGAACGUCUCAAUGAGGUGAAGGGUCAUUUGGAAAUUGCCUUACUGGAGAAACACUUCUUACAGGAGGAAUUGCGGAAGCUCCGAGAAGAAACCAAUGUGGAGACCCUUAAGCAGGAGCUGGAGAGAGAACGCAGCAGAAGACUUGACCUGGAACAGAAGAUGAGCGAUGUGCUGAAGACCAGGUGUGAAGAUUCUCCACCUCAGCUUCCACGGAAACAGCCGCCACCUGCAGCUAAUGGCACAGACAAACAGCAGAAGGAGACGGUGUGUUCGCGGCUACAGAGUUGGCUGUAUGAUCGGUUUGGGGUUUACAUCGAGGAUUUUCGCUUCCAGCCUGAGGAGAACACAGUUGAGGCUGAGGAGCCACUAAGUGCUAAAAGAUUAACUGAAAAUAUGCGACGACUUAAACGGGGUGCCAGACCGGUAACAAAUUUCUUACGGAAUCUUUCCGCCUUAUCCAACUGGCACUCGGUAUAUACGUCAGCAAUUGCCUUCAUUAUUUACAUGAAUGCAGCAUGGCAUGGCUGGGCUAUUCCUUUGUUUCUAUUCUUAGCCAUUCUGAGGUUGUCGUUGAACUACCUCAUCGCCAGAGGAUGGAGAAUUCAGUGGAGUAUUGUGCCUGAAGUUUCUGAACCUGUGGAACCUGCAAAAGAAGACCUGACUGUGUCUGAAAAGUUUCAGUUAGUUCUCGACGUCGCACAAAAAGCACAGAAUCUUUUUGGUAAGAUGUCAGAUGUUUUGGAGAAAAUCAAAAAUUUGUUUAUGUGGGUUCAGCCUGAGAUCACUCAGAAGUUGUACAUCGCUCUGUGGGUGGCCUUCAUCUCCUCCUGCGUCCUGCCAUACAAGCUAAUGGGCUUUAUGAUCGGGCUUUACGCAGGCAUCAAGUUCUUUAUUAUAGACUUCCUAUUUAAGAGCUGCCCGAAACUCCGAGACAAAUACGACACUCCGUUCAUCAUGUGGAACAACCUGCCCACGGACCCUCAGCUGAAAGAGCGCAGCAAUGCCACCGUGUCUCGACGGCUGUCUGGGUGUGAGAAGAUUCAGCCAGUGGUCUCACGGAGCAGUUUAGCCACAAUCCCACCCGGAGUGACCCGAGAGGAAGAGCCCGGCCGUUCACACAACACAAAGAAAGGAGCAUUCCAUGAGAUCUUCAACCUACCCGAGAAUGAGAGACCUCUGCCCGUGUGUGAGAAUGGAUGGAGAUGCUGUCUGAUAAACAGAGACAGGAAGAUGCCCACUGACUACAUUCGCAACGGGAUGCUCUACGUCACUGAGAACUACCUGUGUUUUGAGAGCUCCAGCUCAAGAUCGGGGUCUUCAAAGAAGAACAAAGUCAUUAAACUGGUGGACAUCACAGAUAUCCAGAAGUAUAAAGUUUUAUCAGUUUUGCCUGGGUCUGGAAUGGGCAUUUCUAUUGCCACACCGUCAACACAGAAGCCACUGGUCUUUGGUGCCAUGAUACACAGAGACGAGGCCUUUGAGACGAUCUUUACCCAGUACAUGAAGAUCAUGACCACAGCCAACCCUGAGACAUAACUCAACCUUUUAUCCUUCUGGAGGAUAUCUCGUUUGGAAAAAAAUAAGUAUGGGACCAGCAUUUCCUGCCUGGUUAACUUUAAUUGAUCAUUCUGAUGAUUGUAGGCUUGAGACGUGACCAGCAGGAGAUUUUAGCGAGCUGACAUUCCAGCGAGAGUUCUGCAUCUCAAAGAAAGAGACUUUUCCCCACCCGGAGGGAUGCGGGCCGGCUUCUCGUCAUGCGACUGUGACCUUUUUUUUUCGGCUUUCAAAAGAUGAGCACACUGAUCCGACUUUUUUUCGUGUUUUGUACUCAUCUGUCAAUGAUUCAGAUUUCACGUCUGGUUUUUAACCUGGAAGAUGUUAAUUGCGUAAACACUGCAAGAAUUCAUUUUCUCAAUCAGUGUUUUUGUUUAAAACUUAAUUCAAGAUAUGUGUCUUGUCUUCUUACACAAUUUUGCUUCACAAGUAAAUUUGUCUUUUAACUAAAUUUAGAUAUUUUGUACUGUAAAACAAGACAAAAAUACUGAUAAAUACGAAAAAAGAAAAAAGAGUGUGUUCACACUUUAGGCGUUUUGCAGCAACAAAUCGACAGGAAGUCAUUCAUUUGUAAUGCGAGUUGGCGAUUUAAGGCGCCGUACAGGCAGUUGAUAUGUCUUUCAAAUCUCACAAACUUUAUUUUUAAAAGUUAUGAGGCUGGUUAUAGUUCAACUUUGCUCCUUUUGGCAAAUUUAUUGAAAAUGACUUCUGGUUGCUCUGUCACUGCAAAUCACUGUCAGUGCAAAUGACCUUUCAGACUGGAAAAAAAAAGAAAAACGCCUUUAUUUUUUACAUUUUGUUUACAUUGUUGUUGUGUGCGCACAACACAGUCGCACUCAAACUCACUUAAAUCUCACCUCUCAGCAAAGUGUGCUUCAUGUCUUUUUAGCAUGAACAUUUCCCCAAACUUAACUUUGGGGAAAGUUUCAAAAUGGUUUCAAAUGGCCUUUCUUGUAAUGUCGUAGCAGUCGGCUAAUCGAUUGGUUUGUUAACGCUUGAAAACGCUAGUUAGAUAUGAAAGGUGUCAAACGUCGCACUUUAUUUUUCAGUAUGUGUACUAACUGUGUACUCAUACAAGAAAGUACUGAGUAAUAUAAGAUAAGUGCUUGGAUUUAAUAUUAAGGUUUAAGUUUAGUACUAGAACAGGCCUGUCAAAUAAAGUGCUAUUGAAUUUUUUUACCAAGUAUUUCAUGUAUGUCUUACAGAUGAACACCGGUUACUUGCUAACGUUUUCGUCACUUUAAACCGUUACUAAAUGAAAGUUAAAUUCAGAUUUACAGUGAAGUAGAUGUUCAUAAAGCGACUAUAGUUUAAGUCUUUGAAUGAAUCUCACAAAGAAAUAUUCAGAUCAUAUUUCACCUCAAAAUAAAAAAAAUAUGUGUCAAUGAAAAUAAUGUAUAACAUAUAUAUAUAACAAUGCAAAAAAUAAAUUGCAUUAAGUAAAUUAUACUUAACAUUUGUGUUACAAAUGCACUUUAUUAUUCAAUUAAGUUUAUUUUUUGUUACGAAUGAGAUCACAUUAACAAAAUGUUACAUUAUCACAUUAACAAAAAGGUUAACGGUCAAAUAUGACUUGUAUAUUUCAAUUUUUUUGUGAGAUACACUCAUCUUGAACAGCCACUAUAAAGUAUAACUUAAAAUUGCUUUGGUUUAAUCAACAUUGUUAUUUCAGAUCAGUUUGUGUAUAAAAUUUUGAAAAAAGCAUCACGUCUGCUCGAUGCCGUAGUGGUAAAUUCAAUACGACGCAAAAUUUACCGCGAUAUAAGAGAAACUGAAAAUAAGGAAUUUUUAUUGUACAAUAUAAGUGGGCCAAACGUUUUGUCGCUCUACCCUAAACUGAAGAGGUUGUUUGCACAGAUAUACUACCAACAUUUUAAUAAGUAGCAGAUUUGUAUUCGUAUCUAAUACAUUCCAAAGAUCAUCAUUUUAGGAGAAAAUACUCUGUCUUCCCUUACUUCUGUUAGUUUACUCACAUUUUUGAGGGACUGUUGAAUGUUUCUCAGCUCCCAAAGAUGACUCUGUGUAUUUUACCAAAGGCCGUCCUGCAAAAGUUUAGUUCCAACCCUUGUGAAACAAGCCUGGACCAGCUAAACAAUGUGUUCAAGGUAUAACAGGUAAGUGUGUUGGAGCUGGGUUGGAACUGAAGUCUGCAGGAAGGUUGUCUCCCAGACAGCAACAUGUGUCGGCCCAGAUCCGGCCCACAUCUGGUAUGCGUUAAAUCCGUAUCUGGGCCAACACUGUGUUGCUGUCUGGACUACCCCCUGCCAAGAGCUUUUGGAAGUGUCGCGCAAUGAAUCGGGUAACCAAUAGUUUUGCCAAAUGUUGUUUCUUUAAACUGCUCAUUGUCUGUCUCAAACUGAUGUUUACACAAAGCUGGGUUAAAAUCCAGUUCAGACCAGUUUGAUCCCUGUUAACCAGCCCAGCCCAGGGGCGUGAAAACUGGUAUAAUAUCAUUUCUGGUCUUUUUUUUCUUUUCUUUUUAUGGUAUUGACCACCAAUGCUUUUAGAAAAUGUAUAUCACCACUAAUAAACUAAUUAUGAAUAUAUUGUAUUAAUACAGCAUAUAUGAGUGAAUUUCACAAAAAUGGUCAAGAACACCCCCAGGGACUGGAUUCAGGAAGUUACGUUCUUAAGAAGUUCAUAAGAAUGUUCCUAAGUGCAAUUCUUGAGUUCUCAAAUAUUUUUUUUUAAGAACAUCUUGGAUGGUUCACCCAAAAACUUAAAAUUGGAUAAUCAUUUAUUCAACC